AUGGCUGAAUACGCUGGCGAUUAUCGGAAAAAAGGCGAAGAUGAACCAGCAAGGAUGGAUCAUGGUGAAGGGAAAAGUAGUGAAGAUGAACCAGCGAGGCGGAAUCAAGUUAAGAUAAAAUUAGAGGCUAAAUCAAGUACGGCUGAAUACGCUCGCACAAAACGGAGAAAAGUUGAAGUUGAACCAGCGAGGCGGAACCAAGUUAUGACAAAAUUAGAGGCUGGAUCAAGUAUGGCUGAAUACGUUGGCACAAAAUGGAGAAAAGUCGAAGUUGAACUAGCGAGGCGGAAUCAAUAUAUGAAAAAAUUAGAGGCGGAAUCAUCGUAUGAUGUGUUCUUGAGUUUCAGAGGAUGCGAUAGUCUUGGAUUCGCCGAUAGCCUCUGUCAGCACUUGAAAGCUGACGGAAUUCGCGUUUUCAUAUAUGACGGAACCCCAUCUACUUCCAAAGAGCUUCAGCUAUCGGUGUACAGCUCCAAGAUCUACAUACCUAUCUUUUCCGUAAACUACGCUGAUUGCCCUCGGUGCCUUGACGCACUCACACUCAUGGUAGAACACACGUCUAGAUCAGGUGGGAAGAAAGAGAUCCUGCCCGUUUUCUAUGAUGUGAAAACAUCACUACCCUACAGAGACGCCCUGAACUCGCACAGGCUGUGGGUGGCCGCUGAGAAAGUCGAGACCUGGCAGAAGGCUCUUGUGGAGGCUAGUAAAGUCAAGGGAUGGGAACGAAGCUCAUAUGAAAGUGAAGGGGCACUUAUCUCAUCCAUCGCUGGAAAUAUUUUGCAUAAGCUGAUGAUGAAGCACAAUUAUAUGUUUGAAGAUCUAUCCACUGGUGAUAACCCCAAGAUAUCUUCCAGGAUCUCGGAGCUUCAAGACAGUCAAAAAUCGGAAAUAAUGAGAUUACUGGAACUGGAAGUGAGCGAUGUACGAAUUGUUGGAAUCCAUGGGAGAGAUGGCAUUGGAAAGACUGCUCUUGCCAAGAUCGUAUAUGACCAAAUAUCGCUUCGCUUUGACUCUUGCAGUUUUCUUGUGGAGAUUGAAGAAACGACGCAGCAACCUGGUGGUGUUCAGUAUCUUCAAACCAAGUUGAUCUUUGAUAUUUUGAAAAGAGAGCAUGAGAUUGCUUCUGCUUUCAAAGGAGUACGAUUUUUGAAAGAAAUAUUUAGGAGUAUGAAAGUUCUCAUUGUUCUCGAUGAUGUGGAAAAGGGGUCACUCCUCGAGGAGUUUGUAGGAGCUAAGCUUGAUUGGUUUGGUUCUGGAAGUAGAAUAAUCGUCACCUCAAGAGAAAGCAGAGUUCUUAAAGGUUUUGUUGCUCGAGGGAUGGCUCAUACUUACAAUGUUAAUCCGAUGGAUGAUAAUCGAGCUUUCGACCUUUUCUGGCAGCAUGCAAUGGGAAUGAGUUAUAAACUACAUCCAUAUGUUGAAAUUGCAAACAAAAUAGUCAAGGCUGCGGAGGGACUUCCACUACUCGUAAAAGUUUUUGGUUCUUUUUUGCAUGGUAAAGGAACAAAAGAAUGGAUUAAAUUCAAAGAUCUCGUCCAACAAUUUCAGGAAGAUUACCAGAAGAUUCUGAGCAUAGUUUAUGAAGCAUUAGAUCAAAAGCAAAAGCAGAUGUAUCUUGAUAUUGCAUCUUUUCUCCCGGAUGUGGAUUGCAGGAUUGCCUCAUAUAUAUGGCAUGAUUAUGAUCGUCCUCACGAUGAAAUCGAGGUCCUUCAUCGUACGUCCCUAAUAGAAAUGGAAGAAAAUAAAAUAGGCAUGCACAGCAUGCUAAGGUGCCUUGCCAGGAAGAUUAUUUACGAAAGUUUCCAUGAUCCAGGAACACGGGAUAGAUUCUACAUUCCUGCCAUAGCCCACGACACGAAGAAGAGGAAAAGGGGAACAGACCACCUUAACACUAUUAUGGCAGGCUUUGAGAUCCUACCGAGCACGACAUUUCUCAGCUUGGGUUGCGCCAAUAUUGGUGAAAGAUUUGCAGAUGUCCUAUUGAAUGUUCGGUGGCUUCACUGGCAAGGGUGCCCUCGAGAUUUUGGAGCAAUUACCAUUCAUUUAGGCAACCUAGUUAUUCUUGAUCUUUCGUGGAGCAAAGUUACCGAAUCCUGGGGAGGUUGGAAAGGAAUUAAGAUGGAUCGUUUGAAAGUCUUGAAUCUUACCGGUUGUGCGGACUUAUUAGUUACCCCCAGCUUCUCUUGUUACCCAAAUUUGAAGAUACUGAUCCUUGAGCGAUGUUCACGAUUGGUUCAUUUAGAUUCUUCAAUUAAUGAUCUGAAGCUCUUGGUUACCUUGAAUUUGAAGUUCUGCUCUGAACUUAGCAUGUUGCCAGUGGAAAUGGAUGGGAUGAAUGCUUUGGAAGAGCUCCUGAUUGAUGGCACUUCCGUACGAGAACUUCCUGCAUCGAUAGGAAAAUUGGUUCAACUGCAAAUUCUUAGUGCCACUAAUUGCUUCUCAUUGGUUCGGCUUCCCAGUUCAGUUUGUGAACUUCAAGCUCUUUCAGUGUUGGCCUUGGAUAACGCGAAAAUUCUUGAACUCCCGGAGUCAAUUGGAGACUUGGGAGAACUCAUACGCUUGUCUUUGAGGGAUUGUCAUGGGCUAGGAAAACUUCCGGAAUCCAUCGGAAAACUAGAAGACUCAUUAGUAGAGUUGGACAUUUCAGGUACGGGUAUUUCGAAGUUGCCUGAUUCAACUAAAAACCUGCAGAGUUUGAAAGUGCUGAAAAUGGAUUCAUGUUUCAUAAGAGAAUUUCCUCGUGACAUUGGAGAGUUGACAAACCUGGAAGAAGUACAUGCCUCCUGGUGCAGGAGUUUGGAGGGAGUCAUUCCGCGUGGUAUUUCAAAACUACAUUGUCUCAAGGAACUGAGGCUUCGAGGUACUCGUAUAUCCAGCCUUCCGUCAGAAAUCCAAUUCAUGUCAAGUCUUCAGACUCUGGAUUUACUACACUGCGACGUUCUUGAAGAGUUGCCUCCCCUUCCCUCUAGCCUAGUCAACCUCUAUGUCACUACUGGCCACUCUCAAUGUACGUAA